GACAGGGGUGGCGGUCAGCUACCUGAGCGCGGUGCAGGCCGCCAUCGGACAGGUCCCGCUGCUGGGCGCGUGCGGCGGCUGGCAGUUCAGCCCCGACCCGCACGACCUCACCCUCACCUACACGCCCUUCUGGAACGGGAGCCUGGCGGACCUGAGGGCGGGGCUGGCCUUCGGACCCUUCCUGCAGGAUGUGAACAUUAGCAUCGUGGACGUGGCGAGUCCGCACGAGAUCGCAUUGCCGCUGUACGGCGGCAUGUGGUACAUCUUCAACGCCUUCAUCAUGGCCUUCAUCUGGCUGGUCAGCACCAGCCUCAUGCUCUUCGUCAUCAUCCUGGUGUGGUGGAACGUCCGCAGCAACAAGGGCCUCCCGCCCUUCAUCUACCGUUACAUGCGGAAGUACCGCGGGUGGUGAGGAGGGGAGCUGCAUGGACCAGCAUGACCGCCCCAAGACACACGCCGCA